AUGGCAAAUGAGCCCUUUCCUGGCAAGCGCCUGCAAUUUCUAGCCUGCACAGGUGACGUCACACAAGACGUUAUUGACCAACAGCUACCUGAAUGGCAGAGGCCACAACAACUCGUCACUUUAUCAAUCGGCGGCAAUGAUGCCUUUUUUGCGAGAAUUCUCAAAGCGUGUCUUUUUAGAAUUCUUCCUCUUGGCGAAAGCUGCGAUACAGCAUUGAAAGCGUCCGAGAAGAUCAUUGAUACCGAAUUAACCAGCAGAAUCUUCAAGGUCUACGAAAAAAUUCACGAGAAAUCUUCCCCCUUUGACGUAUAUCAAGAGAGUCCGCCGAUAAUCAUGCACACUCUGUAUGAUAAUUUCUUCAACGCCGAUACAGACUGGUGCGAUAGCCAAACGAUGGGCGUCCACCUUGAUAGGCCAAAGUUAACGAAGGAAUUACGGGCCAAACUGAAUGCCUUAACGGAGCGUGUGAACACACAAAUCGACCAUGCUCUUACUCAAUGGAACUGGCGUGCGACCGAGUAUUUUAGAAAAGACAUGCAACAGCCUUCAUUUCCGUCUCGCCCAGGGUUAAAUUCUCUUGUUCUUAUUGAGCCAAACGACCGUUUUGAUGGUCAUCGAUUCUGCGAAGAAGGGGUCGAAACCUUCGAUGACCCAAGCAUAUGGUUUUUUAAACUAUUUGGCAAUGACGUCCCAGCGGAAAAUACCCUCACAGAGAUUAGCACUGAAAAUUUUGAUGAUAAGGUCGUUAACGCGACCUCUGUGGCCGAUUAUUUCGGACAUGUCGAUACAAAAACGUGUGGUGAAGAUCCGAGCGUGCAGAACAAUAUUGCAAUUAAGGACGAGAAUAUUGAAUGGCUUUUGCAUGGAAAACGACCUUUCCGUUUCGAUUUUGCAGUUCUCCCACUAGGAGAUUCGAUUACCUGGGGAUACGGAAGUACCGACGGAAAUGGAUAUCGAGGUCACUUAAAAAAGUUUCUCAAGGAGUAUAACGGCGAGUCGGAUUUUCUUGGAUCCCAGAGAUCAGGAAACAUGGAGGAUAAUGAUAACGAGGGUCAUCCCGGUUUCACAAUUUCGCAAAUCGCUGAGGCAGCCCGGAAAAAUCAUCUACAAAAACGAGCCAACGGCGGGAAAGUCCCCAACGUUAUCCUACUGCACGCUGGUACUAACGAUAUGAAUAAGGGUCUUGAUGUAGAUACAGCCCAUCUAAGGCUUGGUGCUCUUAUUGACCAGCUUUUUGGGGACUACCCUCGUGCUGUUAUAAUUGUCGCCGCGAUUAUCCCCUCUAAGGACCCUGCUAAUAUGGCACGAAUUCUAGAGUUCAACAUCCGCGUUGCUCAGGAAGUUCAGUCUAGGCGCGAUGAUGGCAAGAAGAUAUGGUUCGCUCGAUUGGGGGUCAUGGAAAAAGGGCUGGCCGAUAGCCUUCACCCGGAUGAUUAUGGUUACAAAGCCAUGGCAUACGGUUGGUUAAAAGCAAUCCGGCAGGUCGACAAUAAUAAUUGGAUUGAGAAGCCUACAGGUGGAAGUGGUGGAGGUGGCGGAGGUGGUAAUUCUGAGUGCGAUAAGCUUCCUAUAUGGGUAGAGCGAGGUGAGGUUGCUAACGGGGCUGGGUUUGGACAAAGCUAUGGUGAAGGCCCUAUUUGCAGAGAUGAUCCAUAUGAGGAUGGACUGUGUGAAUGCACAUUCAAAGAUACGGAGACCCGGAUUAAACUAGGGGAAAAUGAUUACUGCUCCGAUUAUAGCACCUUAACCGUCAAUGCGGUCCAGUUCGCAGAUCUCAAUGGCGACGGGCGGGACGAAUACCUCUGGGUCCACGAAGAUGGAUCUGUCACUGCUUUCCAGAACCUUGGUUACAAGGAUGGCGCAGUGAAUUGGUGGCCACGAGGAAAGAUCGCAUCUGGCGUUGGGGGAGCUCGUCAUGAAGUUCGGUUCGCUGAUCUUAACGGCGAUGGUCGAGCAGAGUAUAUUCAAGUUCAUCUUGAUGGCUCUGUUAGUGCCUGGCUUAACGGCCUUGAUGGGACAGAUGAUAUCCAGAAGAUCACUUGGAUUGAGCAGGGUAAGAUCGCCGGAGGGAUUGGACGUACCGGAGCCGGAGUCCGCUUUGCAGACUUGAAUGGCGAUGGCCGGGCGGAGUACAUUUACCUCAACGCCUUUGGUGCAGCACGCUGCUACUUGAACGGGGGGCAUAAGUAUAUCGAUUCCACCCAUGGAGAGGUUGGGUGGAUUGACCAAGGAGAAAUUGCUACCGGCGUCUCAGGAGGGUCCGAUAGAGCUAUCCGGCUGGCAGAUAUAAAUGGAGAUGGGAAGGCAGACUACAUCCAGGUUGACCACCUUGCCAGCGGAGCAGCGCUACUCUGGCAAAACCUCGGUGGACCGGACAAUGGGCCGAACGCUGCUAAAGUCAAGUGGUGGGAGCGUGGGCAGAUUGCUUCAGGGCCGGGACCACAAUACGAUGUUAGAGGUGGUGAGAACGUAGUGUUUGCUGACCUAAAUGGAGAUGGGCGGAGUGAAUAUGUUCUGAUCAACUCUAAGACAUCGGCCAUAACAGUGUGGGAAAACGGCUGUUUUUAA